AUGAAGAAGCAACACAUCGUCAUUGCAGGCGGAGGCCUAGGAGGUCUCACAGCAGCGUGCAGAUUGGCACGUGACGGCCAUAAAGUCGACCUUUUCGAGAGAUCACAAUCGCUGUUUACCGCGAGCGGAGCCAUCUUUGUCAGAUCAAAUGGCGUCAGAUGUUUCUACCGAUGGCAGAUGGGCGAAGCCUUUGAAGCUGUGACUGCCCCGAUCAAAGAGCACGAGACUCGGAAUGGCAACACGAAUGAACUGUUGCAUACUCUCGAUCCUGGGAUUUACUCUGAGUUUCCGGAAUGGUCCACUGAUCGCCAGGCCUUGCAGACCGUUUUGUACGAUGAGGCUUGUAAGGCCGGAGCCAAAGUGCACUUUGGAAACGAGAUCGUCACGGUCGAGGAAGAUGAUCAUGCUGCGUGUGCAACUAGCAAGGAUGGCACCAGAGUCACGGCGGAUUUAAUCUUGGCAGCCGAUGGGAUAUCCUCUCGUCUGAGGUCUCAGGUUCUCUUUCACGUUGACCCAUCCCGUCUCACCGUGAUCCGAGCACCUUCGACACACUACCCGACUGAAAUACCUGCUGAGAUGCUCGUCAAUGACGACAGAACAAAAUUCCUCUAUCAGCAGCCCGAGUCUGAGAACGGAAUCAUGUGGGCUGGCCACGGUGGUUAUGCUAUCGGCAAGUACAAUCACCAUCGAGGCCUGUUCAACAUUAUGUUCUCGAUUCAGCACGGUGAUGCAGAUAGCGAAGCCAGCGAGAAAAAGCUUUUUGACGCGACUGAUGACAGCGAAAUUGUCAGGAGUUUCUUCUCCUCGUUCAAUCCUACGGUCGUUGCUUUGGCAAAUAUGGUACAGAGCUGUUCCCGUUGGCGCCUAGCGAGACUGGAGCCCCUAAGUACGUGGUCGAGUCCGAAGCGGAGGCUGGUACUUCUAGGAGACUCUGCACACGCGAUGCUUCCGAACCUGGCAGAAGGGUUCAGCUCUAUAGUGGAAGAUAUAGAUGCAUUGUCUAUACUGUUCUCGGAGAGCAGCUGGAACGUGCCGACAACGAUCGAGACCUGGGAGAAGAUUCGCAUUCCUAGGGUUACAAGGCUUCAGAAUGGCUCAACGUGGAAUUAUAAGCUGUACAACUCUGGCAAACCCCCGGGGUCCGAGUUGACGGACGAGCAAAGAGCCUUACCUAUGGGUGGAGGCGACGGCAACGCGCCAUUCAACACUUUGCCUUUUGAUAAAUGGAUGUUUGACUAUGACAUGGCUCAAGAGGUCCGACUUGCAAUGAAAGCCUAG